AUGGCUUCUCCAGCCCUCACUACCACUGACGGUCUUCGAACAGACUCUGGUCAAUCUGUUCAGUAUGAGGCUUCGCAACACGAAGACAGUCCCGAACUUGGAGAUGAGAAUUCCCCAGACAAUGACGUUGACGAAGAUCAACCUCCACGGCCUCAGCCUCAAAAACGACGGCGAGUCACACGCGCUUGCGAUGAGUGUCGCCGGAAGAAGAUAAAGUGUGACGGGAAGCAGCCAUGUACUCAUUGCACUGUUUAUAGCUAUGAAUGCACAUAUGAUCAACCGUCAAAUCGUAGACGUAAUGCCACACCUCAGUACAUCGAAGCACUCGAAAGCCAAUUGAAACGCGCAAAGGCUCUACUUCAUGUUGUGUUCCCAACCAUCGACUUGAAUGAUUCCAGCAUUGACGCUCAUCUCCAAAAUGGGCUUCUACCCCAACUGCCACCAGCCGUACCACGGCCCCAUAUAUUGCCCGUUGACUCGCGUGUGGCGCAGCAACAGCGGCCUCCCCCGUCCGAGGAAGCGCCAGAUUCACACCUAGAGGCCAUGGUCAAAGCGACUGGUCAAUUAGACUUGGACGAAGAAGGGAACUUGGAAUAUUACGGCCAUUCGUCUGGAGUGAGCUUCAUGAAAGGGCUACGACAGUAUGGCGACAUGUUCCAGAUUCCUGCAGACCGAUCGCCAUCGAUGAGACAUCGUACCGUGUCCCUAGAUCCCCCCUCUCCUCGUUCUCAAUCGCCUGGAGGUACUUCCGCCGCGAUUCCUCUUAGGAAAGACCUUCCUCCUCGCGAUGAAGCGCGCAUACUCUGUGACGCAGCUAUCAUGGACGCCAGUGCCAUGCUCAGGGUCGUUCACCUGCCUACGUUCUACGAACAGCUCGACCGUAUUUACGACAGACCAGCUGAGAGCUAUGGUAAUACGGAGAAUAGCUUUCUCCCGUUACUGUACGCUGUGCUUGCCCUAGGCAAGCUGUAUUCCAGAGGCAACCAAGAUGCCGAUAAAGCAAGCUACGAAACGCUCACAGAAGAAGGGCAAGUAAGAUCAAUGCUCGAUAUCACCGAAUGUAGAGACUUGAUCUCAUUGCAAGCGAUCGUUUUCAUGAUACAAUUCUUGCAAUCCUCGGCAAAACUCAAUACCUGCUACGCUUAUAUUGGAGUUGCCUUGCGCUCUGCUCUUCGCAUGGGUCUUCAUCGUUCGUUCAAUGGAAAUUUUACCCCGAUCGAGGCCGAAACCCGGAAGCGUCUGUUCUGGGCGAUCAGGAGAAUGGACACAUAUGUGGGCGCUAUGCUUGGUCUGCCGCGGUUCUUGGAAGAUGAAGAUAUUGAUCAAGAAUGGCCUCUUGAGGUGGAUGACGAGUACAUUACAGAGACGGAGGUUCUCCUGAUGCCCGCAGGGAACAUAUCAGUCAUGGCUGCAUUUAAUGCUCACACACGGAUAGUACAGAUACUCAGCAAAAUCUGCAAAUACGUCUACCCGAUUAAAGGAUCACAUGCCAGCGGGUCGAAUGCAGUGACUUACACCGUCAGCUACUCCAAAAUUCGCGAGCUUGAGCGUGAUUUGGCACAGUGGCUAGACGAGCUGCCCAUAGCACUGAAGCCAGGCGGCGAAGCACCCCCAAUCAUCAUAAGAGUACAACAAGUACUCCGCAUGGCUUUUGGACAUGCGCAGCUUUUGUUAUACCGACCGUUCUUGCACUAUGUCUCGCAGUCACAAAAAGACAAGAAUGUGGACCAAAGACCCUUCGCGUGCGCCUCCGCGUGUGUUAGCGUUUCACGAAACAUCAUCCACAUUUCCACCGAGAUGCGGAAACGUGGUCUGCUUGCCGGCGCUUACUGGUUCUCUAUGUACACAACGUUCUUCGCUGUUGUGUCGAUCCUAUAUUUUGUGAUCGAGAAUCCAACAAAUCCAACAAGUUUCGAGCUGCUAAAGGAUGCUGUGGAAGGCAAAGAAACGAUGUUUGAGAAAUUGCCAGAGUCUAUAAGGCAUGGUGGAGAGCUUAUUGAGUCAAAGAAACGAAGGCAAGGAAGUUCUCCACAAUCACUUGGAUCACGUCCAAGCCUCGUUAAGCAAGAUGAUUUCAUGGGCCUACGACGUGCGAGUUCUUUUCCAGAAAGUAUCCCUGACUCCAAGCGCACUGCCCACGGGCAUACAUUGCCAAUAUCGUCGACACAUCUCGCGAAUCUCGGCAUUGAGCCUGCUGUAGGCUACAAUACUCCAUCGCCAGGCAACGGAGACUUUUUCGAGGCCGUACCGGGCCUCACCCCCACCUCUUCCAACGCCAGUCUAGCGAAUUUUGGCGUUCCCCCCAUGCCUGGCACACAGCAAAGUUCUGCCUUCCCUUCAACUCCGAUAGGUGGCUCAUUUGCUGACUCGUCAGGUCUCAAUGUGCCCAUCUCGGAUAUCUCAACCAUGAUGUUUCCUUCGCCUGAUCCUUUGGCAUAUCCAAACCAACCAAUGACUACAUUUGAAAACAAAUACCCGCAGGCUUUCGAUCGCAACAUGCAUUCCCCUGUUGUGGGCGCCAUUCCACACCAUACUUCUGGCAUCGACAUCAAACCACAUCCCGCAAUGUUUGCACCUACUAGUAUGCCUCCAGGCGGAGCAGGCAGACGCCUGAACGAUACUGAAGCCCAGCUCUUCGGCAAUAUGCCGAUGUAUGUGAUGCAGGGUGCCCAUCCUUACCGAGGAUUCCCUCCGCAAAACGGAAGCACGCACAUACAAAUGCCAGGACCAAAUAUGCAAUUUGAUGAAAUGCUCAAUCACGAUGAGUGGGCGCAAAAUUUUAUAGACCCUGCGCUGGGUAUGAGCAGCACAAGGCCGCCACUGGGUAACACCCAUCAAUAUCAGCAGGGAGCGGACAUGAACGGUUGGCGUUGA